CAUUUUCUUGCAGCUCAAUCCAUUUCACACGCACUGUAUAUUAAUUAAUUAAUUCCAUGACCUCUUUCUUUCAUUUGACAAUUUCCCUCUCUCCGUAUCAUCUCCCUCUAUGUCUUCCGCUUCUUUCUCCACCUUCCUCCCCUCCGACGACGACCGCGCCACCGCCGCCGGCCGAGGGCUGGCCCACCGGACUGCCGAGAGGACCGGCUCCGGAGUGCCCAAGUUCAAAUCUCUGCCCCCGCCGUCGCUCCCUAUAACCUCCCCCGCCGCCGCCUCGCCGUCGUCCUGGUUCGCGAUCCCUCCCGGAUUAAGCCCGGCGGAGCUUCUGGAUUCUCCGAUUCUGCUAGCUCCGACCAACAUUUUGCCUUCUCCGACAACGGGAACUUUUCCGAUCCAGGGUUUGGGUUUGGGAUUCGACCGGAAAACCAAUUCCGAGCCGAAAGAUUUCAAGAUUAUCGAACAAAACCCCUUUCCAGACUUCACUUUCCAUACCCAAACACGCUUCCAAUCAUACCACACUCUGCAGGAAGAUCAGACAUGGCAGAGUUACGACCAAGAACAACAGCCCGGCAACCAAUCAUCGGAAAAAUCCAACGAUUUCACUUCAACUCAGAGCUUUUCCCCGCCGGAGAUGGAGAUCUCCGCCGCCCAAACGACGGACGACAAAAAACCGGCCGGUGGCGGUGGCGUUCAGAAAAAGUCCGACGAUGGGUACAACUGGCGAAAGUACGGGCAGAAGCAAGUUAAGGGCAGCGAGAACCCCAGAAGCUAUUACAAAUGCACCUACCCGAACUGCCCGACGAAGAAGAAGGUCGAGAGGUCUCUAGAAGGUCGCAUCACUGAGAUAGUCUACAAAGGCAGUCACAACCAUCCCAAGCCUCAGCCCACGCGCCGCUCUUCUGUAAUAAACCCGGCUGAGAUCUCGAUCUCCGACCACGUCGGAAAAUCCGAUCAGUUCUCGGCGCCGACGCCGGAGAAUUCUUCCAUUUCCGUCGGGGAUGAGGAAUUCGAGCAGGCCUCACAGAAGACUGGAGACGAUCGGAUCGUUGAUGAAGAAGAAGAAUCACGCGAUGCCAAGAGAUGGAAAGGUGAGAGUGAAAGUGAAGAAGGAAUAAUUUCGAAUUCGAACAGAGCAGUGAGAGAACCGAGAGUGGUGGUGCAGACCACCAGCGACAUAGAUAUCCUCGACGACGGCUAUCGGUGGCGGAAGUACGGUCAGAAAGUGGUGAAGGGGAAUCCUAAUCCCAGGAGCUACUACAAGUGCACGACGCAGGGGUGUCCAGUAAGAAAGCUCGUUGAGCGAGCAUCGCACGAUCCACGUGCCGUCAUCACUACUUACGAAGGGAAGCACAACCACGAUGUCCCGGCCGCUCGCGGCGGCGGAGGCGGUGGCGGUGGCGGCGGCGGCGGCCACUCCCUAAGCCGGCCGGUGCCCAAUAACAACUAUAUGCAAAUGCGCCAACUCAGCGCCCUGCAGAUGUUGCCGGAGGCGGCAGCCGGCGGAUUUGGAUAUCCUCAAUUUGGGAGCUUGAUGGGGGCGUGGGGGCAGGAGCAUGAGACCAUUAAUAAUAAUAAUAAUAAUAAUAAUGUGUUGUUUGGUAGAGCUAAGGAUGAGCCAAGGGUUGACGUGUUCGCUCACGAUUAGUCGCUGCCGUGCUAGCUAGCUAGCUAGCUGGGAAAGUAUUUUUUUUGUAUACCUCCAUUUCUUUAUUGGUAAUAAUAAUGGUUAUUAUCAUUAUUAUUA